AUGGCUUCGUCGGCCUUAGCCACUGCUGCCGAUACCUCUGCCUUCAGUGUGCGCUCCCUCUACCGAUCCUUACUCAGGCAAUCCAGCCAAUUUGCAAACUAUAACUUCAGAACCUAUGCAAGAAGACGGACGAGAGAUGCUUUUCAUGAACAUCAACGUGAGCAGGAUUCCAGGCGCAUACAAGAGUUGGUACAGACAGGUUUGAAAGAGCUACAGGUCAUGAAGAGACAGACCAUUGUAUCACAGUUUUUCCAGAUUGACCGCUUAGUGGUGGAAGGUGGAAAGUCUGGCAAAGAAACCGGAUCAACCAGCGAGAUUGUCCGACAGAAGGACACUGGAUGGGACUGA